AUGGAAACUGACCACAACGAGUAAGUAACAAUUAUUAUUGCUGUUUUUUGUAUUUUAGUAAUAUUACUGUUAUAUUAGUUAACGAUAUUUGUAUAGGUUCGAACUAAAACGUUAAGACAAGUUAGUUUAAUCCCUUUGGGUUGAGGCUUCUUUUAAGAAAUAAAAAUCUGAUACUGCGGAUGGGUGUGCCACUGUUAUAGGGGUAAAAUUGAAAAUGUAGGAUAGUUAGAGUAGUUAUUUAAUUUAGUUUACAAUGAUAAAUCAUUUACUAAUUAUUAUAGGAUACAAUUAAAAAUAGCAAAGUGAGCUUUGCAUUUGUUUUAAGCGUCAGGAACUCUAAAUAUGAAAUUUUAUAUUGCUAUUUUUUUUUUUGCAUAUUUGAAGUAUUUUAGAUUUUUAGUGCUAUUUUUUGGUAAUAUAAUAAUUCUUUUUGUAUUUUUCAUAAAUUGUAGACAAAAUCUUUCAUUUAUGUGAAUCCAUAAGAAAAAUAUUUACAUUUUUAUUUCAUGUUACAAUUUAUUUUUAAAUAGCCCUACAUAUAUUGACUCAUUAAACAAUUCACAAUUAUGACUUCUUUUAGUUAUACCUAUAUAUUUAAAAAAAAAUAUUACAUUUUCUUUUUAGCCAAUUUUAAUGUUUUUAUGACAUACUAUAGUUUAUUUUUAAAUGUUUAGGAUAUAUUAUUAUAGUGAUUAUUUUAAGACUUGUUAGGUCCCAUUUAUGGCAAAUUUUUUAGGUAAAUUUAUGGCACCACUAUCUGUCAUAUUCACUGAUUGUUGAUCCUAUAAUAUUGUUUAGCAACUAAAUAUUGCAAGCAAUUAGAGCAUUAAAGUGAUGUCGUAUUUAAAUACAGUGACUUAGUAAAUUUAGGGUUCUUUGCAAAAAUACUACUAAUAUGUCAUUGUAUAUUUAAUAAAUGUGUAUUCAAUUUAAAACUGAUUAGAAAACAAUUGAAAUUAUACAUUGAGAAGUAUAAAUUACCUAUGCCAGUAUGUCUUAUAUGUGAAUACCUAAAUUAUUAUUUUUAAAAUAGCAAAUUGUAAAAUGUUCAUAAUAUUAUGUAAUUUUUUAAUUUGUUAUUUUAUAGAUUGGUGAUCCAGAAAAAUCCUAACAAAAAUCAGGAAUUGAGUAGUAAACAGAACAUAUAUCAUGCCUAUGAUAAUGAAAAUCAACAAAAUGAUGUUCAGGAAGUUGAUAUUGAAACUGAUUGUACAGCAUAUUUAAAAAUUGAACACGCCUGUGAGGAGGAUAAUGGGACACAAACAAAUGAGUGUGUAAAUGCUGAAGAAGUAACUGACCCGAUUGCUCGUCCAUUUAAAUGUGAAGUGUGUCAAAAAAGAUUUAAUCGUAAGUCUAAUUUGAAAAUACACAUGAAAAUACACAUAGGAGAUAAACCGUUCAAAUGUCAAUUCUGUGAAAAACCUUUUAUGCGUUCUGCUGACCUUAUUGUGCAUGAACGUUUACAUACCGGCAAUAAACCUUUUAAAUGUGAAACUUGUGAAAAAGAAUUUGCAUUGAGUUCCAAUUUNAAUUCAUACCGGUGAAAAACCAUAUGAAUGUGAAUUUUGUCAAAAAAAAUUUACUCAUUUAGCUCAUGUAGUAGCACAUAAGCGCCUACAUACUGGUGAAAAACCGUACAAAUGUGAAACAUGUGAAAGAGAAUUUACUAGACAGUCAGACUUGAUUGUCCAUAGACGAAUGCAUACCGGGGAACGUCCAUAUGCCUGUGACAUUUGUGAAAAACGAUUUAGCCAAUCAUCUAAUUUGGCUGAACACAAGAAACUCCAUGCUGGUGACAAACGAUACAAAUGCACAGAAUGUGGCAAACUGUUUGCAAGUUCAACAAGAUUAGUCGAGCAUGGCCGAACACAUACGGGUGAAAAACCUUAUAGCUGUACAUUUUGUGGUAAACUGUUCAGUCAAACAUGUAAUUUGAGGAGACAUGAAAAAUUUGUACAUGAACAAAAAGAUCAAAAUACAAAUCUUAUUGGCCAUACUAUAUUGGAUAGUAGUUAA